GACUGCCUUUUUUUGCAAGACUUCCUGGAGUAGUGAAACCCAGCGUGGGUUAUGAGUUUGCUAAGGGUUAUUUGUUCUUUUCCAGCGAGCUUUAUUGAAGCAGUGGUGAAAGGAUCACAGAGCGCGCUGAACUACAAGAGCAUUUGUGGGAGACACGUGGUUUACUGCAGGAGGUACAACAACGAGACGGCAAUGGCAGAAGAAGCUAAGAAACUGGCAGGGUACGCCGCUGUGGAUAAUCAUGUUCAGGAUAACCAGGCUGUAGGGGUCGGGAGUGGGUCCACCAUAGUCUAUGCUGUGGACAGGCUUGCGGAAAGGGUUAAACAAGAGAACCUGCACAUUGUGUGUGUCCCCACAUCAUUUCAGGCUCGUCAGUUGAUUCUAGAGCAUGGAUUAACCCUUAGUGAUCUGGACAGGCACCCUGAGCUUGACGUGGCUAUCGACGGGGCAGAUGAAGUGGACUCGGAGCUGAACCUCAUCAAGGGUGGCGGGGGCUGCUUGACUCAGGAAAAGAUUGUAGCUGGAUGUGCCAAACGUUUCAUUGUGAUUGCUGACUACAGAAAGGAUUCCAGAGUCCUAGGGGAGCAGUGGAAGAAAGGUGUCCCGGUUGAAGUGAUUCCGAUGGCCUACGUCCCUGUUACCCGGACAAUAGCCCGCAAGUUUGGAGGAGUGGUUGUGCUCAGGAUGGCUGUCAGUAAAGCUGGUCCAGUGGUGACUGAUAAUGGUAACUUCAUAUUGGAUUGGAAGUUUGAUCAAGUCCAUGACUGGAAAUCGGUGAAUACAGCCAUCAAGAUGAUCCCAGGUACAGGGUGGUGGAAACUGGGCUGUUUGUCGAGAUGGCAGAGAGAGUUUAUUUUGGAAUGCAAGACGGGACUGUGGGCGUGCGUGACAAACCUCACCACUGAAGCCUGUUGGGGUUUCCCCCAGUCAAGCUGCAGUCUUCUAGGGUUCACCUCCCCAUUUCUCAGCCUUAACGAGCACUAACCUCAAGUGCCACAAACUGCUCCAUUUAAAACCAACUCAGUUCAGGUCUGGGUACAGCAGCCUACAGCCAGUGCAGGAACAAUUGCCUUUUUUCUUGCUCCGCUCCAUUGUUUUGGGGGGUUGGUAUUUUACAAUAUAAAGUGGCCUUUCAUACAGAUUUAUCAGCGAGCACUAAAGAGCUAGUUUAUCGAAAGCCUACAUGUUUACUUGACACGUGCUGUUGAAUUCGUUGUUUCUGUGAUCUCAGUACCUGGGGCAUGACCCUGGUAGCCAGUGUAAACCUGGUACAGUCUCAUAGAGGGUCUAGUGACAAGGCUAAGUCUUGUGCAGCUAAACUCAAGAAAAGCAUACAUUCCCACCUCCUUGUCUAGUUUUGCUGUAUGGAUCAUUCUGAACUUUGUUGGAAAGAAUCUUGUGGUGUUCUCAUGUAAAACUGGUGAACAUUGAGAAACCCUAAAUCAACAUGGGGGCAGUCCGCAAAGCCUUUUACUCCAGUGCCAAUAGAAAAGUACAAAACCACUAGUUAAUGUUACUAAAUGAGAAAUCAACCAUUUAAGAAUACCUAACCAGCUCGUUGAGGCCAUUUCAGGACCUCGAGAAAACGGAAGUGAUUACUUCAGAUUUCUCGAUCUUGAGAUUAUCUUGUGAUCUCGACAUUUUUAUAUUUUUCUCUGAUGGCCUCAACGAGGCGCCAUAGCCCCUGAAUUACAUUCAUGAGAUCUUUUAUUUCUAGUGUGAUAACACCAAAGUAAAUGGCCCUGAUGUCCUCUGCAGGCAAUAGCUUUGGGAAUCCCCUCCCAUGUGUUACUGUUUUGGCCAAGCAAUGUCCAGACUGUUUCCAGUUUCACUCAUGCCUUCACAUAUUUCAAUGGAAACUGUCUUGCCACAUGGACAAAAUGCUCUAAUGAAGUUUACUAGUCCCUGUUUCGUUGUACAUUUCUUUUGAAGAUCUAAAGAGUAAUACACCAUUCACUGGAAAAACCACCCAAUGCAUGCAUUAGGAAUUGCUACUAAAAAGCAGUAUUUACUGUGUUCUAGCCAAUUGAUGCCUUAACAGAACCUUCUAAAGCUGUGACAUCAUUGAAGUGGUUUUUUUACCAAGGAAUUAGAUAUACAAUUAGUGCAUUAAUAUUAUAAUACAACUCCAACUUCUAUUGAAUAUAUAACCCCUCCACUACAGCUUGCAGUCCUUGGCUUUUAACUAUAAAGUUUACAGGGUGUCAGAAGUCUGGAACCCCUGGCAAGGUAACAGGUUCUGCUUCAAAUUCAAAAGGCUUGAAGUGGUUGGAGGGAGUGGUUGGAGGAAACCCCUAGUAAUUUAGAUUGUUUGUGUCUGACCAAUAGUUAUGUUUCAUAUAUAGCAAGCAAGAAAACAGAUAGGACUGCCUUCAAUGGUGCUCAGUAGCACUGUAGGUUUAUUAGAUUUCUGUUGAGUUUGCACUAUUAAAAUGAAUACAGACAUAUUGAUUUUACACGGUCAGUUUUUUUUUUUUAUACUUACUAUUUACAGAUUUUUGUUUCUACAAUAAAGGAACGAGCACUAUGCAACUGGUACAGACUUGCAAUAAAAAUAAAAUAAAAAACUAUCAA